CAUUGGCUGAGGAGAGAAUAACUUAAAAAGGUCUGAAGAAGUUACACCGGCAGUUUACUACAGCUGUCUGAGCCGCUCAGCCCCUCCUCACCUGUCGAGCUGAAACUAAAGUCACUGUGGUUACUUCGUGUUUGAGCAGUAAACUCAACUAAAGCGGUUUAAACUGUGAGAGCAGCUGUGAGUUUCUGAACGGCUAGCUUGUUAGCUAAGAGGGGAAAAUGAACGGCCAGCUGAACGGCUUCCACAGCAACUCGCUUAUUGAUGAAGACUGCUUCCUAUUCACUUCUGAAUCAGUCGGGGAAGGACACCCUGAUAAGAUUUGUGACCAAAUCAGUGAUGCUGUGUUGGACGCUCACCUCAGACAAGACCCCGAUGCCAAAGUAGCAUGUGAGACUGUUGCCAAGACGGGGAUGAUCCUGCUGGCGGGGGAGAUCACCUCACGGGCCAACGUGGACUACCAGAAGAUUGUCAGGGACACAAUCAAACACAUCGGCUAUGACGACUCCUCCAAAGGCUUCGAUUAUAAGACCUGCAAUGUGCUGGUGGCUCUGGAACAGCAGUCGCCUGACAUCGCUCAGGGCGUUCACCUGGAUCGAAGAGAAGAGGAUGUGGGAGCUGGUGACCAGGGUCUGAUGUUUGGAUAUGCCACUGAUGAGACCGAGGAGUGUAUGCCCCUCACAAUCGUCUUAGCUCACAAGCUCAACGCCAAGAUGGCUGAACUCCGCCGUGACGGAACGCUGCCUUGGCUCCGACCUGAUUCCAAAACACAGGUGACUGUUCAGUACAGGCAGGACCGAGGCGCCAUGGUGCCGCUGCGAGUCCACACGGUAGUGGUCUCUGUGCAGCAUGAUGAGACAGUGAGUCUGGACGAGAUGUGUCACUGUUUGAAGGAGCAGGUGGUAAAAGCUGUGAUUCCCAGUGGGUACCUUGAUGACGAAACCAUAUACCACCUGCAGCCCAGUGGACGCUUUGUCAUUGGAGGACCACAGGGUGAUGCUGGUCUGACUGGGCGUAAGAUCAUCGUCGAUACUUAUGGUGGUUGGGGAGCGCACGGAGGCGGAGCAUUUUCAGGAAAGGAUUACACAAAGGUGGAUCGCUCUGCUGCCUACGCUGCCCGCUGGGUGGCGAAGUCUCUGGUGAAAGCUGGGCUCUGCAAGCGAGUGUUGGUCCAGGUAUCUUAUGCCAUUGGAGUUGCACAUCCACUGUCUGUCUCCAUCUUUCACUAUGGGACCUCGCAGAAGAGCGAGAAGGAGCUGCUGGACAUUGUGAGGAGGAACUUUGACCUCCGUCCAGGAGUUAUCGUGAGAGAUCUUGACCUGAAGAAGCCCAUUUACCAGCGCACAGCAGCUUACGGUCACUUUGGUCGUAAUGUCUUUUCAUGGGAGGUGCCCAAGACGCUGAAAUACUGAACCUCUUCUCUUAAUGUCCAAGCAGGUGUAUUACAGAUGAGCCUGCAUCUUUUUCUCUUUCUCUUAUCCUUUUCCUCCUCCUUCCUCUUCCUCCUCUCACUCACAGCAACAUCACCACAGCCACACCUACACGCUAAACUGACCUUCCUUCACCAGUUAGUAGUCUACACAUCUCAAGGACAGAAGAGUGGUAUGUCAGAUGCCAAGAUGUUAAAUUAAAAUCAUAGAAUGUUUAUAGUGGAUUUCCUGAUGGACCAUGUGAGUAUUUCCCACCGAUGAUGAUGUUUUUGUAGAAAGAAAUCUAGUAUUGCUCAGCUUUUAAUUUAAGAAUCUCAGUGCAGUUGUUGAUUUCCAUUUCACCUGACUUAGUUGGGUUAAUGGCUGUUUAGAAAAGCACUUGUAAAGUAUAAAAAUCUGCUUAUUUUCUUAUGUGUGCUGUCCCUUCAGGCCACUUUUGUUCUGGCGUUUUACAGAGAAGUCAGAAGCUGCUAAUGACCUUGUGGUUAUGUUGGGCUGCACUGUGAAACCACUCCAUUUUUGUAACUUAUUUUGUCUGUUUGAAUAUUGUGAUAAUUGUUUCAGUGCUCUACUUAACAAGAUGAAGACGAGGUACACUUCUCCCUCAUCCUGGGACUGGAACUGGGUGUAGCUACAGAGAAACCCAGGCUCCAUUGCCUCUUGGUAGGGAGUGCCUUUAUCCCAGUUCAACACUUUACUUGAAAUAUAAUGGAGCUUAAAUACUGUAGGACUAGCCAGGAAAGAAUGCAUGGGUCAUAUUUUUAUAUUUUAAAACCACACAGGUGGGGCUCUGUCAUAUGCACAAACUUAGGGCAAAGGCACUGACAACCACCAUGAAAAGCUUAAAAGCAGCAGCAGCCAAGUUGAUCCACACUAUGCUACUGCUCACGCCUUUCCAGCAGAAAUGGAUUAUUGCAAAUGAUGACCUAGGAACCUGCAUGUUACUGAAGGUCGGAUCAGACUACAUGAAUUUAGCCAGACUUUGACCAGAUCGCAUUGCUCCAACCAAUCAUCAAGAAUCAGGCCCAAAUAUGAACAAUGGUAAUGACAAACACUCUCGGUGUGUGACAAAACCAGCGAUGCAUCCAGGACACCCCACGAUCUCACAAGACUGGCGUCAGAAUUUUUCUUGUAUCUUCUGUCUAGUUUGACGCCUUGACCCAGGACUGCCUGUAAAGAAGGGAUAAAGGGAAAGCUUUCUGGGUCUCUCUGAGCAUUUUUGGUGUCAUAAACUUUAUGGGCUGGCCUUUGGAACAAAGCUACUAGUUUAUGUUGGUUCUAUAGCCAUGCCAUGACUGGAACAAGCUGGGAUACUGGAAAAGAAAGGAGAAGAUAUUCAAAUGUAGAAGACCUCAACAACAAACCUUUGUUUCUAGUUAAGUUUCAAAGCUGAUCUAAGUCAAAAUGUUCGCCAGAACUAGUGAUGUUCCUAGCCAUACAACUUCCCACCUGAUUUAACGCAUAAUAUAAUUGUGUUUAACCAGCUAGUCUAUAGUUAUAUAAAUAUGAAAUCUGUAAACCAACUUUCCACUGCAACGGUUAACAACAUCACACUGUAAUGGUGCAAAGUGGGUUUGUGGAACCAGAUUGACAUUGUCACUUAGUGCUUUGGUGUGGUUAUAACCUGACACACCCUGCAGAGAGAGAUGCUAUCAGUGCCAUAGCAGUUAAAGUUUUUUAUAUAUAUGAUUAAGAAGCUUUGUAGCACUAAGGCAGUGGUCAUUAAGAACAUCUAGACAGAGGGUAGACCAGGAUUGUGGGCCUACACUGACAAAAAAUGUAAAUAAUUAGUUUAACCCACUUGUAACUCUGGUGAUGACUAGAAAGAGAUCCAGAUUUAACAGUUUAUCAUUAGCCAAGAGGCCGGUGCUAGCCUUGUUGGUACGGAUGUUGAUGUGUGAGGAGGACCCUUUAAUUGGGCGUGUCCAGGGCCCAGCAGUCUUUCUGGGUCGGUCUGCCCUGACGUUAAGGGAUGUGAAUCCUGACACUCAACAGUAGGAAAGCAUCUCCUCACUGCCUCUUGUUUCCUUAUUUACCAGAAUGUCAUUACACAUUCCCAACACCCACGCUUUUUUCACAUCUGGGGCAUCUGGGAUCUUCUGUUUACAUACAGCAAGCUAGCUAACUAGGCUAUCUUGGUUAAUUUUCCUGACAUGUUAUUACAUUUGUGUCUCAAGUUUUAUUUGAAGGGCAGCCAGACCAUAUUUUCCUCUCCUUGAAGCAUGCCUAUGAGUCCACAAUCGUUUAUUCUUGUUUCAUUUUUUUUUAGAGCACGAGACUACUACCAUCAAACAGUGCUUUUGUUGUAGCGCUGCUUGACAAUCUUUGAACUCAAGCACAGUUGCAAAAACAGUCAAAGAAAAUAUACAAAGAUUGAUUGGGAUCACAUUUGAAGUGUUGCCCCACUGUCGGCCAAGACGGAGCAAGAUUUUUCUUUCAUAGCCUGACAUGGUGCCAUUGCAAAUGAUAGAAAGGUAUCAUGUGGUCUGAUCCGGCCAUUGCUGCUUGUUAUGAAUUACUUCAUAGCACAGCAGAUCUUAGACUCAUCAAAAGACUUACUGUUACAGUAGUUUGCAUUACAAAUGUUUCUUUUAAUGGAUCUUUUUAUUAAAAUAGGUCAUCUGUCCAAUAUUUAUAACAUACAGCACAAGUCUGAUUUCCUAAAAUCCCACACCUUGCUAUUUUUUUUUAUCAUGGAUUAGCAGAGUUAGCUUGCUUUCAGAUAAUAAACCUGGCACACAGUGGAGGCCUUUGAAGGUUCCCAGUUGCACAUGUAUGCUGACAAUCCUUACUGUUAGCCUGAGCAAGAUAAGUGCAAGUAAUCACAACUAGUACCUGGUCUGUGUGGAGUUAGUGCAUCUAAAAAAAAUCUUUGUCUCGUCGCUGGGUGACGCUGUUUCCCCAUAUACUGUACAGAUUUGGUUUUCCACUCUUGCGCCAAUCUUGUCUUAAGCUCGUCUCCUCUGGCACCACCUUGUGGCUACAUUUGUGUAUUGCAUAUAAAUCUCAGCUAGGAGCCAUUAUGUUGACUGCGCUAAGAUCAUUCUAGGUUGAUCUGUGUGUGACCUGAGGGUGAAACGAAGUUCUCCCAAAGAUUUUUUUUUUUAACACUGUUUGAAUCCUCUCACUCGGCCACAGAGGAGACCAAUGAUUGGUUGGUGUUGUACAGAGAAACCAGCCUGUUUACAUGGUCUCCUGUGGCGGGUUUUAGGAGUUUUUUCUGUUAUGUAUUUUUUUAAAUAAUUGGAAGCACGUCCGUCAGUGUGGUUGCUGAAUGUGAACAAGUGCCUUCUCAAUUCCCCUGGUCCCUCCACUCCCACCCUCCCCUUAUUUCUGUCCUGUGAUUGCAAAAUUUCCCUCUCUGGUGUUUAACACCAAGGAGUCGGAUUUGUCAUCUCUUUCAAACCCUUCAAAUAAAGUGCACCCUUCUCUGUGCUCAUGGGC